AUAUCCAAUAUCCAUAAUCCAAUAUCCAACACGGACACGUCAAGUACUAAAUAAAUAAAGCCUUCGCUCUCUCAUUUACAAUGCCGUCUUCCUCGUUGUCAAGUUUUCUGGUGUGUCAUCAGAAAGUCCACGUCAAGAUGCACUCAUCCCUCAUCACCAUUUUACUACUGGCCACAGGGGGGACCAUCGCCAAAUUCAUCAUUCCCCAACCCAACGGACCCUACGGCGUGUCACUGAUCGACGCACAAGUCAUCGACGAGUCUCGUCGAGACCCCUACACCAAUGCCUCUGCCCGCAUCAUUCCAUUCACCGUGAUAAGUCCAGCCGGUUCUGCGGGCAAAUGCAACGUCACGGUCCAGCCAUACAUGCCCAAUGCGACAGCCUCGUUCUGGGAGCAAGUCAUCCCAUCACCAACAGACGGAUGGAACCUCUCAAUAUCCUUCAACAACACCUUCACCCAGACCGAACUCUCGCUAUGCAAGCCAGUCCCCGCGCAACAAAACGAAUAUCCAGUCAUCCUCUUCUCCCCGGCGUUAGGCAACUCGCGCGAAUUCUACCACAUCAUGUGCAUGAACCUAGCGUCUCAGGGGUACAACGUCAUCACGGUCGAGGAGCCCGGACAGGAUGGUGUCCUGACUUACGCUGACGGCGACGUACAAAUCACCGACAUCAGCGCCAUAGAGAGCGACGACCAAACCCUCAUCGCCGCAGUCGACGUGCGCGUAGCAGACCUCGACUUCGUGCUCACCACGAUAUCCUCACCGGCUUUCCGGGCCUCUCAUCCAAACAUCCAGCUGAAUACAUCCAAGGUCGCCAUCUUCGGCCACUCCCUCGGCGGCGCAGCAUCGCUAGCAAGUAUCGUCAACAACACCCGAUAUCUCGGUGGGGCGAAUCUCGACGGUCAGGUGGUCGGCACGCCACUCACGCAUACCACGACGAAACCGUCCAUGAUCUUCGGCAGUACCGGGCAUAACCAGAGCCUGGCCGUGUUAAACUGGGACACGACGUGGAAGAACCUAUUGGGAUGGAGAGUGGAGCUAGGACUGGAAGAUAGUGUCCAUUAUAGCUUCACUGACUUGCCGUUCUUACUCGAGACUUUAGGCCUGGAAAACGCCAGUACCAAGCAGAUAUUAGCUCCUCUUGUGGGAACUAUCGACGGGAAGCAAGCCUUGAAGAGUGUCGUUGGUGUUAUGCAUUCGUUCUUCCAGUUCGUCUUCUCUGGAGGAGCGGUCAAGGGUGUGUCUGUGGUGAAUGAAGCAAAGGCUGUGGGUCAAGUUGCUGUACUCAAUGGGACGAAUGUCUGAACGAUCUUGCAGAAAUGAUGAAUUCCUGACC